GAUAGCAGAAAUGGGGGUUAUGACAAAAGCCUCUCUGGCCAGAGAGUGGGCCAUCUGGAACCAAUUGAUAGUCCACAAGAAACAGAAAAUGCGACAACAACCAAUUGAUGACAGAGAACCUCUACUCUCAGAGAAAAAUUGCGCCGGCCAAGCUUCAACAAGGCCCAAAAGCAGGACCUCUUUUACUGUACUUAAAAGAACCAUGUGGGCAGUUCAAGUCUCGACGUUGAUUUUACUUCUGUACCUUUGGGGGCCUCCAAUUCUGCAGACCGUCCACAAUGAAGUGGACGAAGCCAUUUGUGAGGUGAUUGAAGUCGGAUUCCCAAAACCAGAUUUUGGGGAUCCGGUCUUCGAGCAGAAUAUUUUGAAUUACACUUUUGGCAACAGCUGGGGACGUCCAGUGGAGGCCAACUACACAAAGCCGGAAGUUCCUUUCAACAGGGUGCUUGUUUCAUUGGACACAUGGGUUGAUGGCGUGCAGUACGACCGUUUAGCUCAUUUGUAUGUUAGCGGUAUUGAGGUUUGGAGAACAAGCACAAUCGAACCUCACGGAAAGCUGUCCCACGCGCAUGCGGAAAAGGAUGUCUCCACGUAUGCGAAACUAUUCGAGGAGGAUGCCACCAUUCUCUUCCAGCUGGACAAUCUCCUAACGCCACGGUUGACGGGAUCUUUCAACAUUAGCUUGAAUGUGAAGUAUUACAAUGUUGUCGACGAAAUGCGCCGUCCAGCCGAUAAUUGUUACCCAUUGGUUAAAAGGAAGAUUGAUAGCCGACCACCUUUGUUGACGUUGCCUGAUAACACUUUCGACGCAGUGAUUCCGCAGCUGAGCUACAACACCACCAAGGUUGUGCUUGACCUUUUCGUGUCUGGAAACGCCGGCGAAGAGUUCUGGUUCUCUAAUGUGCUCGAAGAGUACAAGAACGUUUUCCACAAGUCUUAUCCUGGCCAUGGUCCUUGUCGUGUUAUCAAUGUCUUUGUGGAUGGCAUCCGCGUGCUGACCGCCGAUCCAUUUGUGGUUGUGUACACCGGAGGAAUAUCACCUGCUCUUUGGUAUCCGAUUGUGUCUACUGGAGCAUUCGAUGUGCGCGCACUUAGACUGGAUAUUACCCCGUUGCUGCCAAUAUUUUGGGACCAAUCGACGCAGGUUGCUAUAGACGUCUCAAAUUGUGUGGAUGACGACCUGAAAAUUGGUGAAGCUCCGAAUGGCAUUGGGUCUAACUGGAUUGCCUCCGGAAGCGUUGUGACUUGGGAAGACUCGACUAUCUUGACAUCCAGCGGAAAAAUACUUUCGUUCGAAAACAAGACGUCGGUCUCUGCAUUCGCUUUUACUCCUCCUGCAGCAGGAAUAUACAGUCAGAUUGUUGAUGCCAAGUACACAAAUAAGGUCAACUCGUCCGUCACCUACACAUACGAAAACGGAACCAAGAAGGAUCUGAUUCUCGAGGUCUCCUCAAAGACGAAGCAAUCAAACGUGCAGUUGCUGUCCGGUUUUGGUGAAGAUGAGUCGCUCGUGUUUAUUCCAGAGACUGAUAUCACCAGUAGUGUGAGGGAUGCCGCCACGAAUGCCACCAUUUGGUCGUUGGAGAAAAAAGUGACUCAGCCUUUGAUCUAUAAGCUCAAGGAAAAGCCAUCCUUUGGACAGGAUGUGGACUUCUCAGUGAACAUUACGAAAGCUUUUGGUGAAAAGAUUGCACUGAAUGGCGUUAACGUGAUAAAGGGUGUUAGCCACGAAAACGGCACCUCAAACUUUACGCUUUCUCCUAAGGGUAACCACGGUGAGGCAGUUAUUGAGCACAGAGUCAAUUUUACAAUGCAGGAGCCACUUCCAGAACUCAAGUACUCGAGACAUGUACUGGCAGAUCAUGGCGAGAUAGUCUAUGACACCAUCGAUGCCGAGGUUCUCACCUGGGAAGACGUGAUGGCUCAAUUUGAGAAUGAGGGCCUCGAGCUUGCUCAGUACGCCGCCCAGGAAAUUUCUAAAGACCAAGCUACUGAACAGCAAUAUUCCGCACCGCAAAUGAGGCUGCUCAACAGAUACCUCGCUGACUUUUAAGUAUUAAAUUUUGUUAUGGACGAUCGAAAAACCGAUAAUUAAUUAUUUCCUAUUGAUGGAAGUCUCGACAGUGGCGCGGACGAACUCGUCAUCUUCCAGAUCUGUAGGCUUCAGACCUUGGGCUAGAUACUGGACCUCGGACCAGAAGUUCUUGUCAGUGACGGCAGUGUUUGGACUUGUGCUGUAGUGCGAGUCAAUUUCCUUCACUUCCUCGCUAAUACUAGUGCCUGACUUGUACGACUUAGGGCUUCCGCUAUCUCCUGAGCCGUAAGAGGAGUAGCUUUCGACCUUCUGCAGAUACGUGUUGGAAGCUGAGCUGGAGGACGUUUCAUUAACCGCAGUGUUGGCCCACAUUGUAGUCAGUGGUAGCGAGAUGGCAAUAAGAGCGGUACCAACGGCAUUCAGUGCCUUAUCUGGGCCGGCAGAGCCUUUGACUUCUCUGAAAGACACUAGAACCAAGAUCGUCGGGAUAAUCAUGGUUUGGAGAGCCAUAAUGAAGAGAACAUGGAAGAUGCUAAACUGUUUCAGCCCCAAAAACUUUCUGGUCCGAAUGGCCACAAACAACUUGCAGGACAGUAUAACAGAGAUAAUAAAGGAAGAGCUGGCAUAGCAGAUCUGCGAAGCGUUCAUCACCCACAUUGGCACAGAGCUGUUGAUGUCGUAUAAGGCGAUGUUCGACAUCACUGCGUAGAUGAAGUACAGCACCGUGGAGGCCAAGCCCAAAAGCCCACAGACUGCCACCAUGGCAAAGCCCACAUUCCUGUAGUGGAAAGAAGGGCCUCGGAACACAAUGUGAACUUGGUAGGUUAACGAGGCCUCGGUCAGGCCGAUCAGGAUCACGUAGAUGACGUUUGUGGCUGCACUAAGAUCGGAGGCAUGUUUGUCGACAUAUAGGUAGCCUGCAAAAUUAAAAGCAAGCGAACGGUACGCCUCGAACAUAGUGCAGACUGUCAUGAUUCCGUGGAUGAGCAUGGUAGCCAUACACACUUCGUUAAGCACAAAGAGCACUGACCUCUUGUUUCUGGUGACAAAGAAUAUGGCCGGAACAGCUAUGGCUGCCAGGCCAAUUCUCAUGCCAAAGAUCGCUGCGACUUCUGCAUUGGCCUUGACAUAAGAGUCCAGCUGCG